GCGGAUUUCUGACAAUAACACGAUUUAACCUGCAAAGAAACCGGGUCGAUCGAUUCAAUUAAGUUGAAAACAUUUCGAAGAUAAAAAAACCAAUUUAUUGAUUAAUUUAUGUUAAAAGGAACUUAAAAGAACUGAAGACGUUUAACCUAGCAAAAAAAAAGAAAAAAAUUUAUCGAUUCAAAUCUAUACAAGUGACACCAUAAAUAUAAAAAAAAUAAAUAAAUAAAUUACCGAAUCAAAGUAAAUUUAUUGAUUGAUGGACGAUUUGCUAUACUUUCUAUUCUUUCGGUGAUUUUCGUAAAAGCCGGCAACAUUCAGUCACCUUCAGAAAACACGACAAGCCACAGCACGAUGAAGGAGCCUGAGGUGGAUCCAAAGAACAUAAUAAAAAGUAGAGAACAGCUCUACAGAUUGAUGAUAAGUCAAUUGUUCUACGAUGGCCAUCAGACUCUAGCUGUGCAGUUGUCCAACAUAAUACAGGCAGAACCACCAUGUCCACCUUCGGAUCGGCUACUUCAUUUAAUGUUAAUCGGUGCAGCUCAUGAACCAGAUCGUUCCAAGAAAGAUACUAGCAACAGCUUGUCCACAUUUGCGUCAAGCUUUGACAACACAUUAGGACCUGGAUUAGAUUUGGAAUUUGAGACUGAAACUCAGACGCAAGCUCCAGAACCAGCGCAAUAUGAAACAGCAUAUGUCACAUCACAUAAAGGAAACUGUAGGGCAGGAGCCUUUUCAGCAGAUGGACAGUUGAUAGCUACUGGUUCUGUGGAUGCUUCAAUCAAGAUCUUGGAUGUGGACAGAAUGCUGGCUAAGUCUGCGCCAGAUGAAAUGGCACCUGGAGAUCAAACUGGAGGCCAUCCAGUUAUAAGAACUUUAUACGAUCAUUUGGAAGAAGUGACAUGUUUAGAAUUUCAUCCGAGAGAACCCAUACUUGUGUCUGGCAGUCGUGAUUUCUCCGUAAAACUAUUCGAUUUUAGUAAAGCUAGUGUUAAGAAGGCAUUUAGAACUAUUACAGAUGCUGAUCAAAUUCGGUGUCUGUCCUUUCAUCCAACUGGAGACUUUCUCAUAGUCGGAACUAAUCAUCCAGUAGUUAGAUUGUACGACGUAAACACUGCACAGUGUUUUGUAUGUAGUAUACCGAGCCACCAGCAUACAGCUGGAAUAACAAGCAUCAAGUAUUCACCAGAUGCAAAGACUUAUGCGUCAGCGGGCAAAGACGGUAGUAUAAAGCUUUGGGAUGGCGUAUCCAGCCGAUGUAUAAACACUUUUGUAAAAGCGCACGAUGGUUACGAAGUAUGCUCAGUGACUUUCACAAGGAAUGGCAAGUAUUUACUGUCCUCAGGAAAAGAUUCCUUAAUAAAAUUAUGGGAAUUAUCUACCAGUAGAUGUUUAAUAGCGUACACAGGUGCCGGAACUACAGGCAAACAGGAACACAAAGCACAGGCCAUUUUUAAUCACACCGAGGAUUACGUGAUGUUCCCUGACGAAGCUACGACUUCAUUGUGUGCUUGGAACUCUCGUAACGCGUCAAGAAAGCAGUUGCUGUCGUUGGGUCAUAACGGCCCCGUUAGACUGAUUGUGCACUCACCAACUGCUCCCGCUUUUUUGACGUGCAGUGACGAUUUCAGGGCAAGAUUCUGGUUUCGAAGAAUGCCGACUCACUAAAGACUUUUCAAGUCGAAAGUUAAUGAACGUUAGCCGCAAACUAUUAUUUUUAAUCAUUUUCGUUUGAGAUAAGAAGAUAUUAAGACACUUAAUAUAUUAGAUAUAUCAAGCAUCAGAAAUGUAAUUACGAAAAAAAUGCGAGAAAUAGGUAUUAUGCAUAUCUAAUAAUAAGUAUUUUUUUUAGAUUCUAAGCAACAACUUUUACACUUUAAUACCUUCUGUUGAGUACAAGUAAUGUAUAAUUCUUAUGACAUUAUAUGUUUCAUAACAUAGUGAA